GGUGCCAUUUUGCUCGAAAAGAGAGGUCGAAGGGUGAUCUAAGAAGUUUAAACUCAGUCUGGCAGAAAUGGAGGCUUCUCCUCAAGUUUGUAUUGCAUCUGUGGAGUUGGAAGUUAGCAAUACUCCUCUGAGUAUUCGACGUCAAUUCGAUCCAGUUGCUCAUGGCUUAGAAGCUAAUUUUAAACUUACAAAGUUUGCGGAAAUGCGCGGAUGAGGGUGUAAAGUCCCCCAAGAGACUUUACUGAAACUCUUGGAGGGACUAGAACAAGAUGGAAAUAUGCACGAUCCUGAUCAUGCCCAAUUCAUGCACAUGACGGUUGCAAGAAUGGGUAUUGGAUUGGAUUGCUGUGUUACUCCACUGAGGCAUGGAGGACUUUCACUAAUUCAAACAACAGACUUUUUUUAUCCUUUAUGUGAAGAUCCGUAUAUUAUGGGAAGAAUAGCAUGUGCAAACGUUUUAAGUGACUUAUAUGCUAUGGGAGUUACUGAAUGUGAUAAUAUGUUAAUGCUUUUGUGCAUCAGCAAUAAAAUGACUGACAAAGAACGGGACAUUGUUGUUCCCAUCUUGAUGAGAGGUUUCAAGGACUGUGCAUAUGAAGCUGGAUGUAAUGUGACAGGAGGUCAAACAAUUAUUAAUCCUUGGUUGACAAUAGGUGGUGUUGCCACAGCAGUAUGCCAACCAAAUGAAUACAUCAUACCUGAUAAUGCAGUCGUUGGUGAUGUUUUGGUAUUAACUAAACCCCUUGGAACUCAAGUUGCAGUUAGUGCUCAUCAGUGGCUAGAUCAACCGGAAAGGUUUAACAGGAUCAAACUUGUAGUUAGUGAAGAAGAUGUACAAAAAGCAUAUCAGAGGGCCAUUGAUAGCAUGGCAAGACUAAAUAGGAUAGCAUCUCGUCUUUUGCACAAAUACAAUGCUCAUGGAGCAACAGAUAUAACUGGUUUUGGGUUGCUGGGACAUGCACAGAAUCUUGCUAAAGCUCAGAAAAAUGAGGUUUCUUUCACAAUACACAAUCUUCCUGUGAUUGCAAAAAUGGCUGCUGUUGCAAAAGCUUGUGGUAAUAUGUUUCAACUUCUGCAAGGACAUUCUGUGGAAACAUCAGGUGGUCUUCUUAUAUGCCUUCCACGAGAACAAGCUGCUGCGUACUGUAAAGAUAUUGAAAAGCAAGAAGGCUUUCAGUCUUGGAUAAUAGGCAUUGUAGAGAAAGGAAAUCGUACUGCAAGAAUCAUUGAUAAACCACGGGUGAUUGAAGUUCCUUCGAAGGAAAAGGAAGGAGAGCUUUGGUAAAAAUUUAGCCUUAAAUCCUGGUGUCUGUCACUAACUCACUAGGUUUCCUGAUAUCAGAUGCUGUUUCUGAUGAAAAUCAUUCCUCAAAUCAACAUUUGUCCAUGAAUCAUUAAAACAUAUUUUAAGUGCUGUAAAAUACUUACUUGCAUUUUAAUGUGGAGAAGGGGGAUAUAUUUUCUUAACAUUUGUUCAAACAUUUUGUGCAAUUGCAUUAGCUAGAUUUCUUUUCUUUAUUAAAAGUAGUACAAUUUUGCAAUCACUUAUGCCUAGCAAAAUAUGUCAAUUAAACUAAAAUAACUUUUCUUUUGCAUAUUCUUAAAAUUAAGAGUUUGAUUCUAUAUCUAUUAUUCUCUGCAUAUGUAAUUACUUUAUUAGUAAUUAAUUUUAACUCAGAUGAUUAAGAUUCUGAAUAAAUCAAAAGAGGCAAUUUAUUGGAGUUUAACAGAGCAAUGUUAUAUUUGGCUGUUCACAAGGUUUUUUUUUUGAACUCACUUGAAAGAUUUUUGAUUCAACUUAGGUGUUAAUGGAUAUUUUUCACAUUAUUCAGAAACAAUUUGUGUGCUCUUUAACUGUUCAUAUAAGGUCAUUUAAACACUUUUUUUAGAAGAAUAGUCACUGUUGCAACAAUUUUUUAAUUCAGACUUGCAUGGAGAACCCUGAAUUAAUAAAUGAGGAAAAUAAUGAGUAUUUUUACACAUAUAUGUCAUACAUUCUUGUUCUGCAAUUUUUCAAUUGGUAUACAUAAUUGUUCUCACAGUCCAAACCUUAUUGCAUGUCAAGUUUGAAUGUAACUAACUUACUGUUAAGUGUUAUUAUGGUUUAAAAGGAGUUUCUCUACUGAAACAAGAUGAAUGUACUCAAUUAUGAUUUCUCGAAAUCACUUUUUUCUUCUUGUUUCUCCUAAUUAUCUGAGAGUUUUAAUACUGAUCAUAAAUAAAUGCAAAGGAAAUGUGUAACAGUAACAUUAGAACUUUGAUAAUUCAUUCUUGGGACCAAGUAAUUAUUUAGAGGAAUGAACUGAAAAAAUAUUCUGUGGACAUUAAUCUUUACAUAAUAACAAAAUAUCCUUAAAAUGAUGAAUCACAUAAAAGGGAAAAACUAGCAUUUAAGGUGAAUUGAUAGAUUGGGUCACUGAGGAAUACAAUAUAAAGAUAACACAAGUUUUUUUUCAAGUUCAAAAUAAGGAAUAAUAAAAUAUUCAUAUCAACUGAGCAUUAAAAAAUGAUAAAUCAAGUUUUAACUUAAACAAAGUUGAAAAAGUAGUUAUAAAUUUUAUUUUGAUUGUUUAAGCUAUGGAGUUGAACUACAAGACAUCUCAGAAUUUUUAAAAUUUACCCAUUUUGAUUUUCAUGCACCAGUCCUGUUUUUUACACAUUUCAAAAUCCAAUUGUAUCCACUUCUGUAACAUUACCUUAUUCUUAUCUAAUGCAUAAUUGUACAGCUUUGCUCUUAAUACCUAUGCGUUGAUCAUUAUUUUCAACUCUACCUCUAUUUUACUUUUUGCUGAGAACUUGCAGACUUACUUUUUUUCAAGUCCAUUCGAAAAGUGCUCUCCCUUUGCUUCCAAGUUAAUCAGAGCCAUUACUUUGUUAAAAGUUUUAUGAAUCACAUCUGUUACUCUAAAUAUGAAGUAUGGCCUUGUGUUUAUUGAUUGUAACUAAAAAAAAAGUUCUUCAAAAAUUGAACACACAAUAUAUAACAUGCAGUUAGUUGAGCUUAUGGAUCAUGCUCCAGAAAAUGUAACUUUUGAACAGAAAUAAUUUUCAAUUUCGAAAUCUUUUUUUUUCUUUUCUUUUUUUUCAUUCUUACGUGAAAGUGUUACCUACUAGAACUGACCAUAAACAAUGGACCAUCUAAGUUCCAAUUAUUUUACUCAUAAAUAAACAAAAUGCCUUGUUCACGAAAAUUUAAAACAAGAAAAAAACUUUUAAUGUUUAAAAAUUGAAGCAAAUUUAAUAUCAAAGUAGUAAUUUUGUUGAUUGCGCAGACAAUGAGCUAUUUUAACGAUGAGUGAGAAUCUAAUAUAAAGCUCUUCUAAUUAAAGUAUGGCUUAAUUUUUAGUUAUCCUUUUAGUUCAAAUGUGUGUUAAAAAAUAGUAUUUAGCAAAUUUGAGAUUAUACUGGCAAUUUAUAAUUUUGGUAGAAUGCCUAAUAUUGAUGUAUUUCCCCUCCAUUUAUUUUCACCUCAGAAAUAAUGACAUUGAUAAGGUCUCUCUCAGAGGUGAGGACUUUUUCAUUAAUAUAACUAUAAGCCUAAUGGAUACAUUUUUAAGGGAAAUAUUUUUUUUUUCUUUGUUUCUACAAUCUGCACAUGUUAAACAUGUGAAAACAUGUUCACUCCUUUUUUUUACAUUAAUUUACAUCCCUAAAAUUCAAGUUCACGGAGGUGAGAGUUCAUAAUAACCACUUAGUUUUUCAAACAAAAUCUAUCUUCUUGUUUUUCUACAAAAGUCUCACAACUUCUUUAUAGCUGAAAGUAAACAAGGGGGCUCCCUUAUAUCAUGAAAAAUAAAAUGUGAUGUCAUUACUGUCACUUGUUAAUGAGAAAUGGCGUUCUGUGUUUAGGUAACGGAGGUGAGAAUUUAUU